CCCGCGAAAUCUCUCUCUCUCUAACCCAGACUCAUCGGCCAUAACCGCCAACCAUGCUGCAGCAAGACCCGAACGCCGAGCCUCAAAUUCCUAGGCAAUGCUUCCAGCGCCGGUACCCUGAAACAGACUUUUAUGAAGAGAAAAAUAGGGAUAAAGUGCGUAACCAUACAUAUAAGAGUGCGAUCGAGUAUCAUGCUGAUAAUAUUAGGAACAAGGUUGUACUUGAUCUUGGAUGCGGCACAGGAAUUCUUUCUAUAUUAUGCGCCAAGGCGGGAGCAAGGAAGGUAAGUUCUUUCUACUUGACACUUGUAUUAUUCAUUUGGUUUAUGUUCAAAACUUGAGCAUGGAUUCUGUUGAUUCUACCAGUUUCUGACCUGAACGGCCCCUUAAGCAGUGCUUGUUCGUUUUUUUAUCUUUUGUUAAUAACUUAAUUUUGAUGAUUUUAAAUUUCUGUAAUUUAUAAUAAUGUUGUGAGUUAUUAUCAAUCUAUACUUGUGAGUUAAUUAUUGUUGUGAAUUUUUUUUACUUUUGUUAAUUCUUUUUCUGACUUAAUUUUUUUAAAAUAAUUUUGUUGAUUGUUGAUGAUAAUUGUUAAUUUUGUAUCUCGAGAUUGUCUUAUGGUUUGUUGCUGAUGUGAAUAAAAAUUGUGUAGGUUUGUGAUCAAUAAUCAAUACUUAGUUGUUGGCUUAGGCUUGGUUUGGUGAAAUUUUUACUUUUUGAAAGUAGAAAAGUAGUCUUUUAUAAGACAAUUUUUUAAAAG